AUGGACCAGUACUCCCCUCCAAAGGGAGGGCCUACUUCUCCAGCUGCCUCUCGAGAACCAAGAUUACACCUUCCAUCAACUACAGAUCCACCAGGUCCCCAGAAUCCCCCAAGGCCGCUGGUAUGGCUGAUCUUCGGUGCAACAGGGCACAUGGGCCGCUCACUUGUCAAAAUCGCACUAUCCCGCAAUGACCUCGUCUCGGCCGUCGGACGAACCUACGAGAACAGUCCAGAGGCGAUGAAAGAACUCGAAGACGAACACGAAAACUGCCUCGGACUCCUCUGCGACGUACGCGCCCGCGAAACCGUGAAACGAGUAAUCGAACAAACGAUCGCGCGAUUCGGGCGCAUCGACGUGAUCGCCAAUUGUUCCGGGUACGGUGUAAUCGGCGCGUGCGAAGACCAAGACGAGUUCGAUAUCCGGAAUCAAUUCGAGACGAAUUUCACCGGCACAUUAAACAUGAUCCAGUUAUCACUUCCACAUUUCCGAGAAAGACGCGCAGGUCGAUACCUUAUAUUUAGCUCCACAUCCGGCGCGCUCGGUGUACCGGGGUUAGGACCGUACUGUGCGUCAAAGUACGCAGUUGAAGGAUUAAUGGAGAGUAUGCUCUACGAGGUGGAUAGCUUCAAUAUUAAAGGGACGUUAGUUGAGCCGGGUCAUAUGCGUCGCGAUGAUAUUGGGGAUCUGGUAUCACCCUCGUUUAUGGCUGCGAACCCAUCUGAACAUAACCUUUCCUCGCCUUUACCCCUGUACGGUCAUUUCUUGGUGAAGCCUCCGAGUGAACCGUAUAAUACGUCUACAUCUCCAGCUGCUCACGCUAGACGGAUGCUUAUGUGGCUUGGUGAUAAGCAGCCUGCUUCGGCUGUGAAAGCAGCUCAUCUUGUUUGGGAACUUGGACAUUGCUCUUAUCCUCCUUUGAGAUUGAUUCUCGGUACAUAUGCUGUUGAGAGUAUUCGAGAUCGUCUGAAGUGCAUUAUUGAGGAGAUUGAGGAUUGGAAACAUCUUAGUUUUCCGUUGGGAGAGGUGCAACCUGCUGGUCGUGAGAGAUCAGUUACGCAGACAGAAGGCAAUGACGGCAAUACAUGA